UUUCCCCCAUUACAACUUAAAAGUUCUGUAGAAUUAUGGCUGAGUAGAAUAAAUAAGUUCUGAUACCCACAUUUAUCAAGUAGAAGAGUAAUAUUAAAUCAAAACAAACAUGACCUUGAAUAGGGCGUCAGACGUAACAAGUUACGUAUAUGACCAUUUGAAUCUCAAACCCUGAUCGAAAAUUUACUGACCUGUUUCCGUGUAUAGCAGAUAUGAAGUGAAUGAAUGGUAAUACUUUUUUCAGUACUCUUGCAAACUCCCAAUUUUGUCAAUUUCCUCAGGCCAAGAUUGCAAUUUGAGUGAUAAGAGCAUUCUCUUCAGGACCUGUAUAAAUUUUAGAGCACAUAGUAACAUCAUGAGCCAUCAUGGAUAACAAAAAAUUGGAACCACAGAACUGUGGUGAUUCUGUUAAAGUGUACAUUAAAGAAGAGUCUGAUUUGAAUCUGAAAGAAGAAAUUCAGUAUUCAGAAGAAUCUGAUUUUUCAUACAAUAAUCAGGAAGUUUGUUUGGAGAGCAACUCGAGUGAUGUUUUGUACAAAAAGGAAGAACUGGAAAUAGUAGAACAUCCUAAAAUUAGAAUAUUUGUGUGUAAUAUUUGUGGAAAAACUUUUUCUACAAACAGUAGCCUAGCAAGUCAUAUGAACAUACAUAAUGCUGUGGAUUCAUUGAGAUGUAAAGUAUGCGAUGAGCAUUUCACCAGAAAGUGGGACAUGAUGAUACACAUGAGGAGACAUAAUCUAGAGAAGCCCUUCAAGUGUGAGAUAUGUAACAGGAAAUUCUCAUACAAAGGUCAUCUAGACAAUCAUAUUAGAGAGCAUACUGGAGAAGAGCUUCACAGUUGUGAAGUGUGUAAUAAGAAAUUUUGUCAUAAAGGAAACUUAGUAAUGCACAUGAAAAGGCAUGUGGAGAAAAUGUAUAAGUGUGAGACAUGUAGCAAAAAAUUUUCAUACAAAGCUGCUUUAGUGAACCACAUUCGUGGGCAUACAGUAGAGAAAAUUCAUGGCUGUGAUCUAUGUAAUCAAAAGUUUUCUUGCAAAAAUAUUUUAAUAACUCACAUGAAGAAACAUACUGGAGAAAAACCAUUUGGCUGUGAUGUGUGUGGAGUAAAGUUUUCACAGAAGGGUAAUCUGGGUGUGCACAUGAGAAAACAUACAGGUGAGAAGCCUUAUAGAUGUGAAGUGUGUUAUUUAAGUUUCUCCGAGAAAAGUACUUUAGUUAAACACAUGAGAAGACACACUGGGGAAAAGCCUUAUACCUGCAAAGACUGUGGGAGGAAAUUCUCAGUAAGGGGAACGUUAGUGAAUCAUAUGAGGCUACAUACAGGUGGUAAGCCUUAUGGAUGUGAGGUUUGUAGCAAGCGGUUCACUCGCAAAAAAAAAUUGGAUAAACAUUUGCUUGUACAUAGCAAAGAACAGACCAGAAAUAGCCUGCUACAGUCCAAACUCAAAAAGAAGUCUGCUAGAAGUUAAAUUAUUAGACCCUUACUCAAAGGAUGCACACAUAAAGUCAUCAGUGUAAGAUAUAUAACCAGUACUUCAUAAUUAACAGUUGGGCCAUAUUUGAAAAUAUCAUUAACUCAUAUCUGCUAUUUACAUUUUAUUGAGACCAAUACUCAUUUGUUCAUAGAUUUACUAUAUUAUCUUUAUUUUCAGUCAAAUGUUCAUCUUCAGUUGUAUUUCUAUGACAGUACAUUGUAACAAAGUAUUAAAAAGAAUUUGAGGUAAUCAGUUGUAAUAAGAAUCAGACAGUAGUAAUUGUAGGAAGAAGUAAUAGUACUACAAAGUAUAUAUGCAUACACACACUAAUCUUAUUAAAUCCUUGAAACUAGGAAUGAAUGUAUGCAUGUGUUUUACAUUAUGGGUUGUUUUAUUAAUUUUGUUCAUAUGUAGGUGACACUAUUCACUACUUUGCUUUAUAAGUUUUGUUCACACGUAUUAGACACCAGCAGUACUUUGUCACCAAAGAAUCAAGGCCUACCUCACCUCACCAAUUUACCUAAUUAUUCAAAAUAUAAUGAUAGCACAAGGCUUGGGGGCAAAAACCCCCAGGUAAGGAAGUGCUAUAUGACAUCAAAUGUCAUAUGGCACUAUGGUAAAUUGGAAUAACGAAAAGGGUUAGGAACAAGUUAAUGAUUAGAGUAGGUUAUAGGUUGAAUAGUACUAGAGGGUGGUAUGGUAGUGAACAGGGUAGAGAGGGGGAGCUGAUGGGAUAUAGUACAAGGUUAAUGUUAUUAGAAGGGGAAGGAGUUAAGGGAGUAGGGAGCAUUAUGAUAAAAGUAUUGUGGUGAAAAUGACAAAAAUUAGUUUAAUGACAGAACAAGGGGAUGAAGAAAAGGAAAGGUGGAGAAAAAAGACCUCGCAAAAUUAGUUGAGGCGAGAGCUGAGGACCAAGGAACGGAUGAUCCCCUAAGAAGAAAGGGAUUGGAGAGGAAACGGGUGUGAUCAGUUAGGCCUAGUAAAUGACUUUUUGGUGCCUAAGUACUUGUGAAGCUAUAUGUGUGUAAACUAAAUUAAUCAAAACCACAGUGGACAGUUCAUGUACCAAGUCAAUGGUUUAAUCUGUUGUUUGUUUUAGUGACCUAAGCAUCAUCAUUUUGUAUAUUGAAAUUACAGUUUUAGGAACAAAAGAAGUAAGGGGUCAAGCCCAACAGUAAGGGGGAUGGGGUUCAUGCUUCAUAUCUAACAUGUUAUUUUACUUAUGCAAGAAUGUACACAGUUGUUAUUGUUCAGCAACAAGGGAGUAGUUACUAAAUAUUCCAGUACAUAGAAAUAUAAUUUAUUGAUGAACUGAGAAAAGAUGUACUGCAUAAGUAUAUAUUUAUAGAUAUAAUUGUGUUUCUAAAGACAUUUUUGAGAGUAACUUCAAUAAACCUUUAUUGUUUGUUCUCCUACUAGUAAAACAAACUUUACUCCAUUAUUCAUGUAAAUAAAAAUAUAUAUAUGUUUA